AUGUUUGGCCGUGUUGCACUUUUCUUGUCGUCUGCCCUGACCCUGGCGUUUUGUUUCCCCCCCCUCCUUUUUUUUUUUUGCCCCUGCUGUGCUUCUGCGCUCUUGGCGAUGGGAAGGUAUCGCACAGGAAAGCCAUUACUGAGGGAUGCCCGGCGAAUUCCUUCCUCCAACGCCAGUGUUUUGAACCCCGGCCAAGGCUCUGCGUUUGCUGCGUCCUGUCCCAAGUGUGCGUCCUCCGGACGCAGCUCGCCGGAUCCGACGCAGCAAACUCCCUCGUAUAGCGCACAAUGUGCCCUUGUCGGGCACUUUCCCCGCGAAGAAUUCGGCGGCGCAGACAAUAAUUCCUCAACGGCAUCGUCGAGUUUUCAAAGGGGGAUCGGCGUUCAACGAUAUAUCAAGUGGCAAAUGCGCUAUUGUGCCAAGCUGCAAUGGAACGGGCGCGCACUGGUGAAGAAGCUCACCUGUGCGUUCUGUGCUACUAACGUGGGGGGGGGGGGGAGAGGAGGCGUUAGGGCAAUGUGA